GAUGCUACAUUGGUCUUCCAAGCCGAGAACACCCAAUACCGGGUCUAUGCUGGUCUGCUUGCCGCCAGAAGCUCGGUCUUCGCCGACAUGCUCUCAUUUCCGCAGCCUACCGACACGAUGGAGGACGAUAGAGUGGACGGUUGUCCCCGCAUCAUUCUUCAAGAUUCAGCCCACGACGUGACAUGUUUUUUCCGCGCUAUCUUCGACUCUAGCUUCUUCGUGCCCUCGUUCAGCUCACCACCGCCCUUGGCUACUCUUGCGGCCAUUCUCCGUCUCUCGCAGAAAUACGAUGUUGAGUAUCUCCGCCAACGCUGCCUGGCUCAUCUUUCGUCGCUUUACCCCACUUCGCUGGACGCGUGGGACUCUCUCAACUACGCCAAACACAUUCUUGGCCUCCAUUGCCGCCAAUCACCCCCAACUGGGACCUACCCGAUUCUCCCCGUCCUCGAGUUAGCGAAGGAGGCCAUGGCCCCAUGGAUAGCCCCCGCCAUAAUGUAUCUCGGUCUUUGCGCUGGGGUGGAGGGUAUCUUGGACGGGACCGCAUUAAACUGCCAUCCUGGUCUCCAGUCUGGAAUGUCCCCAGUGCCGGCGUCCGCGAUCACGUUGACAACGGAGCAGCGGAUGCUUAUCGUCGCCUAUCCUGCUCUUCUCUCAGCGACAGCCGAGAGCGUCUCGUUUCUCCUCUCCCCCCCCCCCAGCCACAUGUGCUUCGCCGACAAAGUGUACCAACGAGUGCUUGUCACUGAAACGUUGGGUAGACUCCUCUUGGACUGGGAUGCCGUCCGAGAAGACGUCUGCGAUGUUUGUGUCAAGCAGGCAAGGAGGCUUCACGCAGAAUCGCGAGAGAAAUUUUGGGACGCCUUGCCCAAGCUGGUUGGCGUGGGUCACUCGUGGAGCGAGCUGGAAAAGCUGAAAGAGACGGCGUUCAGCUAG